CCCCACCGACUGUCAUCUGGGCGAGGGGUGUCCUGGCUGAGAGCAGCGAGCAGAGCCUCCUGGAAUCCCCACACCGUGAUGCCAAAGGGCUCCCCAUCUUCUGGAUGAAGAAGGACAUCCAAGGGGCUGGGGCCCCGAGCCAGUGAUUAAAUCAGUGAGGGCAGGAGCUGCCCGCUGCAGCGCUGCCUGACUGCCUGCCAUUCUUCAGGUCUGGCACCAGCUCUCCCAGCCUCAUGGUUCACUCUGGCCCAUUGCUGGGGGCAGGGGGUGCUGGCAGGGAGGUGGUUCCCAUGCCCUGCCCUACCUGGGUACGCUGCCUCCUGCCUGGGGCUCUGGGACCACCAGCAUGGCGGGGAGCCAGGCCCACUCCAGGCUGUGGGGUUGGCACUAGUCCCCAGGAGCACUGCCCAGUCCCACCAGUGUCUCCUCCAUUUAGGAUUUGUUGUGGGACAGCUGGGGCUGAUGGCAUGUGGUGGCCUCCAGCAUGGCCACAGCUGUGCUCACUGAGCAGCCUGGGGAAACUGAGGCACAGGAUGGCUGGAGGGGCACUGUGGGAAGAGGGCAUGGUGGUGGCUCUGCAGAACCUGCAGUGGGGGCCCCCUGCACUGCGUGGCGAGGGGGGCAGGUGGCCAAACCCCUCUAAGGCAGCCAGUGUCAGUGAGGGCCAGAGGCAUGGGAGCAGGAAGGUCAGAGAGAGCGUCCGGCCUCGCAACGAGGGAUUAGCACUGUCCUUGCUGUAUCACGCGGCCCUGAGCCCAUUCCCCGCCUAAUCCUCUCAUUCUGGGCAGCUGCCAGUGCCGGGCAGGGGCACCAGACCCCUCUGGCCCUGCCUAAGCUGUAAGGGACAGAGCUGCCCCUCUGGCCCCACCUUGCCUCUUGGGGGGAUUCAGUCCUUCAGCAGAUCACCCAGCCUGGCUCAGCACUGAGCUGAAACCAGGACCAGGGAGUCUCCGUGCCUCCACUACAGGCAGGACUGGGAGCUGCAGGGAAAUUGAGGCACCAGGGUCAGUGGCUUGCAGUGCCACUCCAGAGCUGUGCCGUGGCUGUGGUGGUGCAAGCAGGAUCUCAGCACCAGAGAGCAACAGGCAGAGGGUGCCGGCCCCGCAAGCCACUGCUGAGGGGAUGGUGCCGGUGCUGAUGCUGGCACUGUGGGCCUGCCUGGCACUGGGCACAGACGGUGAGGAAAGCCCGGCCCCCAAGCCCCUGGCAGGCGGCCAGCCCUUUACCGUGGUGUGGAACGUCCCCACCGGCCGCUGCCAGCACCGCUUCGGCGUGGGGCUGCCCCUCAGCGACUACGGCAUCGUGGAGAACCAGGGUGGCCACUUUGCCGGCCAGAACAUCACCAUCUUCUACAAGAACAAGUUUGGGCUGUACCCCUACCUAUCACAGCAGGGUGUCCCCCACAAUGGGGGCAUCCCCCAGCGAGUCUCCCUCCAAGCCCACAUCAACAGGGUGGCUGAGGACAUCCACCUCCUCCUGCAACCUGCUUUCCAUGGCUUGGCUGUGGUGGAUUGGGAGGAGUGGAGGCCCCUGUGGGCCCAAAACUGGGGGGCCAAAAAGGUGUACCGGACAGCCUCAGAGCAGUGGGUGCAGGAGCAGCACGGCAUCCUGCCAGCACGGCAGCGGCUCCGACUGGCCCAGCUGGAGUUCGAGCAGGCGGCGCAGGCUCUAAUGGAGGAGACACUUCUGGUGGGCCGGGCCUUGCGCCCCGGGGGGCUCUGGGGCUUCUACCGCUUUCCCGACUGCCUCAACAGCAACUGGGCCAAGGAGGCAAACUACACCGGGCAGUGCCAGCCGGCAGAGGUGCAGCGUAACAACCACCUGGGCUGGCUCUGGGCCGCCUCUUCUGCCCUCUAUCCCAGCAUCUACCUGCCACUGGCGCUGCCGCCUGCCCUGCGCCAGCGCUACGUGCACCACCGGCUGCGCGAGGCCCUGCGCGUGGCCGCCCGCGGGCCCGGCGGCCUCCUGCCCGUGAUCGCCUACUCCCGCCUCUCCUUCCGCCGCUUGUCCCGCUUCCUGCCGCUGGCUGACCUGGUGCACACCAUUGGGGAGAGCGCGGCGCUGGGAGCGGCUGGGCUCGUACUCUGGGGUGACAUGUUGUACUCCCGCUCGGCUGAAAGCUGUGCCAGCCUGCGCCACUACCUCGUGUCCACCCUGGGUCCCUACGUGGCCAACGUCACGGCAGCAGCCCGAGAAUGCAGCUAUGGACAGUGCCAUGGACACGGGCGCUGCGUGCGCCGCCACCCCCACGACCUGGGCAGCCUCCUGCACCUCGGCCCCAGUGCCGGCCCCUGGGCUGCUUUCCGCUGCCACUGCUACCGCGGCUGGGCAGGUGAAGGCUGUGCCCAGCGGGUACAACUCAGCCCUGCCACCUCCUGCCGGGUGCCCGCCCACACACACAGCCUCUAUGGGCACAAGGAUCUCACAUCCUCUGACACCUGCCUGCCACAGGACACGUGGGGCUGGUGACAAAAGCUGGGGACCAUCACGGUCCCCUAGCCCAGCAGUGCUGCUGCUGGCACUUCCUACAGUCUCAUUAACCUAAUAAAUUCU